UACAAGAAACCAAAAAAUAGUGAUAGAUGACCAAUACCACUUCAGCCCAUACACUUUUUGAUACAAGUCUCUCUAAAAAACCAAAAAAAUAAGGGAAAAAAAACAUAAAUUCUGUCUCAACAGGCAAUAAUUAUUAUGUUUUUUCCUCAUAUUGGCUGCAACCAAGUUGUAACGUGCUCAAUAUUUGUUCUUUUCUUUCGUUUUCAAACUGACCUAUUAGUGAUAGACAUGCGAUAGAUAAAGGUGAUGAACUGUUCCUUCCUUCAGCUUCACACACUACACUAGUGGCUUAUCUCUACUCCUACCAUCUAUCCUCAUGCAAAUCCGCCGCUAUAAUUCUAUUCCGGCGACAAUGAAAAAAUUCAAACACCUUUUCAAGUUACGCAACUCUGUUAGUUACUGCAACGCAUGCCUCUACUUCAUCAUUUCUCUUCCUUUUCUUCACCUUUACCUCAUCUUCACCUCUCGCGCUUCCUUCUCUCCUAGCUAUGGAUUCUCCAUCUACAGAAACCCUUGUCCUUUCGGCAUGGUUUAUGUCUAUGACCUUCCGUCCAUGUUCAAUCAAGAUUUAUUAACCAAUUGCCAUGAUUUGAAUCCCUGGAGCUCAUCUUGCGAAGCAAUAUCCAACGGUGGGCUUGGCAAGAGAGAUGAAGAGCUUGAAGAAUUCUUGCCGGAGAGUCUUGCUCCGGCAUGGCGUCGAACUGAUCAGUUUACGUUGGAAGUUAUUUUUCAUAAUAGGGUUCUUAACCAUCAGUGUAGAACUUUAGAGCCAGAUUCCGCUACAGCGUUCUACAUUCCUUUUUAUGCUGGACUAGCGGUCGGAAGGUAUCUAUGGGCUAAUUCCAGUGCGGAGGAACGCGAUAGAGACUGUGAGCUGCUGUUAAAUUGGAUCACGGAUCAACCCUACUGGAAGAAAUCUAACGGCUAUGAUCAUUUCAUCUCACUGGGACGCAUUACUUGGGAUUUCCGGCGGAAGAGCGAUGAAGAAUGGGGGUCCCGCUUCUUCAGAAUGAACGGCAUGCAAGGUGUUACACGACUCUUGAUUGAGAAAAACCCUUGGGAUCAUCUUGAUAUCAGUGUACCUUACCCCACUGGAUUCCACCCAAGAUCAGCCGCAGACAUUUUGCUUUGGCAAAACUACGUCCGUACGUAUAACCGCACAAAACUCUUUAGCUUUGUAGGAGCAACACGUGGAAAAGUGAAAAAUGAUUUUCGAGCAUUGCUACUGAGUCAGUGUCAAAACGAUUCAUCAGUACCCUGCCGGGUAGUGGAUUGUGCAGAGACUCGGUGCAGUCACAGCAACUUGGAGAUUCUUGAUGCGUUUUUGGACUCCGAUUUUUGCUUGCAGCCUAGAGGAGAUAGCUACACGAGGCGGUCGGUUUUUGACUGCAUGGUGGCUGGGUCAAUCCCGGUUUUUUUCUGGGAGAGAACCGCUUAUGAUCAAUAUGACUGGUUCUUGCCGGAUGAGGCUAAGAGUUACUCAGUAUUUAUACACCAUAAUAAGGUGAUGAAUAGAAGGACAACUAUAACAGGAGAGCUUGAGAAGUAUAGUAGAGAAGAGAUAAAUAAAAUGAAGGAAAAAGUUAUCGAAUAUAUACCAAAAAUUGUAUAUGCUAAGAGGGGCUUGGACAAUGUAAAAGAUGCUUUUGAUAUUGCCAUUGAUGGAGUCUUGAGGAGAUUUACGGGACAAUAGAAAGCAAACUGAAGCCUUAAACUCUCAUUCUUCUUUCUGCUAUGUAUUUUAGGAUCAUUAUGGUUGGGAAAAUGUUGGGCUAUCACCAACUCCGCCAUUUCUUUUGUUAUUUCUUUAUUUUUCGAAGUGUCAAAUUUUACUAUAUGUUAGAUAAUUUGUGAUGUAUUGAAAAAAAAAAAAAAAAAAAAA